AUGCAACAUCUGACAGCGACGUUAUGGCCCUCGCACAAUACCGGCGUGAACACCUACUGCCUAGUGGCGGCAGGCGGUGGAAGCGUUACCAGGGGUACUGUCGACAAGGGGAAUCUCAAUCCUAGCGAUUUCAUCUUCUCCCGCAAGCAGAAAGAGGUAAUCGUGCGAGAACCUGGUAGCAUCGGCGGACAGCAAUUCAUUGUGGAGGAGUGCUCGGAGUGCGAGGUGUACCUUCUGGAUCACACCGCAGCACUCACCAUCGACCUAUGCACAGACUGCAGGAUUAUCGUGGGGCCUUGCGAGAGCAGUGUGUUUAUUCGGGACUGCAAGGACUGCACCGUGGUGGUGGCCUGCCAGCAGUUUCGCGCACGGGACUGCACGGACUGCACUUUCUUUUUGUUCAGUGCUACCCAGCCCGUGGUUGAGUCCUCCGUGGGGCUCCGGUUCGCUUGCUAUACGCUGGAUUACUUCAGGGGGUCGCGCGGUAUUCCAUACCUUUACAUCCUUUCUUGCUUCUAG